GUGAUUGGUGCUGUGGGGAGCGAUAGGCGGAGUUAUCUCCUAGUUCCCUCCCAUGGUCACACCGCCACAAAACUGACAUGCGUGGACUUGACUGAGAAUGUUACAAGCCAUUCGUUCGUCUGCUGUGCUUAGACGUCUGACAGGAAGUAGGAUGGCAUUAUUCAGUGAGGAAAAGAUCAUUGCGGAUGUUGUCAAACCAAUGUCCAUAGACAUAGGAGGUAUGCGCAAACCAUACAAGGGCAAAAAUGAAACCUUUGUUGAAGAAGAUCUGGUGGCAAAAGAACCUAUUGGUCAGUUCAAGGAAUGGUUUGAAGAGGCCUGCAACACCCCUGGGAUUAUUGAAGCAAAUGCCAUGUGCCUGGCCACUGCAACCAAGGAUGGUAAACCAUCAGCUCGCAUGGUGCUCCUGAAGGGCUAUGGAAAGGAGGGCUUUCGCUUCUUCACAAACUAUACCAGCAGAAAGGGCCAAGAGUUGACAAAAAAUCCUCAUGCCAGUGUAGUUUUCUAUUGGUCGUACAAUGGAGAAGAUAGAUCAUGGUCAAGACAGGAUGAAAAUCCUCAGGCUUCUCUUUGCUUUUACUGGGAGGCUCUCAUGAGAUCUGUGCGUGUGGAGGGACGAGUGGAGAGAAUUGGAGAAGAGAAGUCAACAGAGUACUUUCACUCCAGGCCUCGCAGUAGCCAGAUAGGUGCUUGUGUCAGCCCUCAAAGCCAAGUGAUAGUGGGCCGUCACAUUUUGUUGGACAAAGACAAGCAGUUGCAAGAAGAAUAUAAAGACAUACAAAGUGUAAUUCCCAAGCCAGAAUCUUGGGGAGGAUUCCUGAUUGUACCUGAUAGCAUAGAAUUCUGGCAGGGACAGACAAAUAGGAUACAUGACAGGAUUCGAUUCAGGAAACUUGGAGAGGAUGAAACUUUUGAUGAAAAUUUGACUAAGAAAGGAGAAGAUGGAUGGGUAUAUGAACGUCUUGCUCCUUAAUUAACAUGUGAGUAGCAACAGACACCGGUCUUCCCAGCAUCAUGGUGUGGCCAGUAUUGUGACGUGUGAAACAUCUUCAUUUGUAUGUACACCUAAGUAUGUAUAGGAGAGACUGUUGCAUUUGUACAUGUGGUGCUGUAAAUAUUAUUACUGAAAUCACCAUUACCUUGCCCAGUAAGCGAGGGCCGUAGAACCAUAGGGGCUCAAUUUCUGCCUCCCUGAUUUUUGAGGUUCUAUUCAUAUCUGCAGAAUUGGCAACUCUUUCUCUGUCUGGCUAUGUUUUUUGCCACACUUUUCUGACUUCAAUAAAGUUGAGGGUCUUGUAUAAGCCAGUGAAGUCAUGACUUAUUAAUUCAGGAAGCAUGUUUUGUUUUUGGUGGUUGAGCCUAGUGGCACGUCAGUUUAGAACCAAACAGGCUCAAGGUUAGAGGGAGCCAUCCAGCCAAUGAAAGCAUAUGGCACACAGCCUAUAGCCAUCUCUUGUCCAAUCAUUUUUUUUUUUUUUUUUUCUCUAUAAGAAACAUGUUACCUUGGACUAAUCACUGUGCUGCUAUGUAUAUCAAGGAUCUCCUGCCCUUCAUUACUUAUACAAAGUCCCAAUAGUUCCUUGAUAUCCUGACAUAGCAGGAUGCUCUGCAGCAUAAGGGAGGAUUAUGAGCAAGUGACAGUGACUAUUAAGGUGAUGAAGAUGACAACCUGAUGGAGUAUGAUGAAGAACAGUAACUUAACUGCCUCUUCCCCCAACCUUUUUUUUCUUUAGUAGAUGUAUGGCAACAUUAAAGAGUGAAUACAGAUUGUUCAUACACAGUCCGUUCCUUUGACUAACAAGUGACACCAUCAUUACUGAGUUAUUAUCUUAAUGAUUUCCUCUAACAUCCCCUUAAUCAUCCUUCAAUUUAUUGCUUUCUUUUUUAAAGUGACUAUUGUACUGUAGUAUGUACCUAUAUUUGCAUUUUCUCCUACUUUCAAUACACUUAGUCUAUGAUGCUGUUCCUUUACGUAGUUUAUUGUAUUAUUAAAUUAUUUGCUUAAGUUAAAAACUUUAUCAAGGUUUAAAUCACAGGUCAUCCAAUGAAAUGUACAAAAACUCGAGGCAGGGUUACAUUUUACUAGCAAGUGCUAGUGUGCAAAUGCACCAUACAUUUUUUUCAUUCUUGGCCGAAAAAAUUCUGAAGAGCAGUGCUUUUGUCUGAAACUUGAUUGAAAUCAAUAUCUUUCUUAGAAGUGGAGUUAUUGUUUAUAAACUUUAGAUACAUUUUUCUCAGUUUUUAAAAAGUGGCACUUAAGCCCCUAUGGUUCUAAGGCCCUUAAUUAUGCAAGUGGCAAAAAUCUGACAGCUUGGCAUUCAUCUGAUUGUGCAUGAUUAUAUUUCUGGGAUAUUUAUGUCUUUUAACAAUCUCUUUUUCCAUUUCAUUAACAUCACCAUGUUAUCCAGUUCUAAGUAUGAGUUGCUGGCCCACAUGGUGUGUGAGUAGCUGAGGCAGGAUGUGUCAGCUGCUAUGCGCUGAUGGUAUGGCUAUGCCUGGGUGAUGACUGUCAGAAUCAGUAGGUGCACUUACUGACACUAGCAUUAUUAUAACUUUUUUUUUUUUAUGUGGGAUCUUAGAUAUUAUUCUGAACAUUAUUUAUAGUUAUCUCCAUGCCAACCUGAUACAAAAAUAAAUAAUAAAGAAAGGUUUUGCUAUAAUUAAAUAUAUGUAGAUCAGUGUUACUUGUCUGGUUCCAUGCCUAACACCUUAUUAUUAUGACAAUAUUGCCGUUGCAGCAAUAUCCCAGUGUAAUUAUAGAACUUAUACUAACUAAAUACAUACAUUGGAUCAUUAGUGUGUUAACAUGUUCCUUGCGAUUGCCAGUGUGGCGAUCUCUCUCGCACUGUGAUACAAAUAAAUUGUCAUGAUGUCUGAGCUGGUCAAGCCAGCGAAGCAAGAAGAGCAGAGUGUUAUCUGGGAGAACACCCAAAUGAACUGGCAACCUCAAAGUGUUUGCCUAGUGGUGUGGUGCAUUACAUAACGUGAAAAAUCUAUGACUUGUCUGCGAUACUACCCACCGGUGGACAUACUUUAUUUGUCAAUAUUCAGUGUGUCUCUAUACUGUAUUAUAUUUUUCCUUUCCUAAAUUUGUUAAUAUAUUUUUGUCACUUUGUUUUACAUAUUUAGAAAAUGAAUGCUACAUAGUUUUAUGGUCAACUUAGUUCAAUAGAAGAAAGAAGAUAAAAUAAAAUAAUAAAGAUGAUAUCAGGAAAAUUAUGAAAUUAUUAUUAUUUUUUUUUUAUGUAGGAGAGAAGGCCAGCCAAGGGCAACACAAUGUAAAAAAAAAAAAAAAAAUGAAAAGAUUAAUAAAGAAAAUUAUUGAAGCCUAUCAAGGAAAGCCCAACUGUGUUAUCUCAGUUUGAAUUAUUUUUUAUAGAAAA